AUGGAGCGCAAGAUCAUCAUAGCUGUUGACUAUGGCACGACCUACAGCGGCGUUGCAUGGGCUCAAACUGCUCGACCUGAUGUCAAGUACACAAUCACACAAUGGCCUAAUUCUACCGACACCUUCGAGGGCAAGACCCAAGAUAAGGUUCCAACAGAGCUGUCUUACGAUAAGAAUGGUCACGUCAAAUGGGGUUUCCAGAUCUCACAAGACGAGUUUCGUUUUCAAUGGUUCAAGCUUGGUCUCGAUGAAUCGCAGACAGGCGGAGUUUCGCACCUAACAGUCGAAUACCCUGAUCCGAGAGCACUGAGCCCGAGUUCCACACACAGCGCCACCUCUCUCACAACCGACUUCCUGGCUUGCAUCAGAAAGCAUGUGUCCGAUGUCCUCAAGGUGAAGCUGGGUCAGGAUGUGCUUGAAAUCACACCACUUGGAUUUAUAAUCACUGUUCCGGCGAUCUAUGAUGAUGCUGCAAAGGCACGCACUGCUGCUUGUGCGCGGCAGGCUGGCAUGGGAGACGACGUCCGCAUCAUCACUGAGCCCGAAGCUGCCAUAAUCUACACUCUCGACGCCAUGGACCCUCAUAACUUGAAGUCGGGGAUACCUUCGUCCUGUGCUCUGCAUCCUCAAGUCAAGGUCCGUGAGGCUGCGCCAGGCUCCGGAAGCGCUUGCGGUAGCACCUUUCUCAACCGCAUCUUCGCCAAAGAUCUCGACGUGAUGUUCGACGACAAUGAGCAGUGGGAUGACGAUAUCAAGCAGCAAGCCAUGGACGAGUUCGAGGUAUCCAAGCGUGACUUCACUGGCUCCGAGAACAAGAUGAUGCUUGCGGUUGGUGGUCUUGCUGAUGACACGCUUACUGGAGUGCGCCGAGGUCGCCUCAAUAUUCCGGCCAGCAAAGUCAAGACUGCUUACUUUCAGCCAGUUGUCUCAACGAUCAUUACAUUGGUGCAGUCACAGAUCAAGCAGACUAAAGCGCCCAAGGCAGUCUUGCUUGUCGGUGGCUUUGGUCGCAAUCCCUACCUACGUCAUUGUCUCCAAUCCGUGGUCGGUACUGAGAUCAAAGUGCUCCAACCCGGCCGUGCAUGGACUGCGGUGGUAGAAGGUGCGCUCAUAUGGGGACUCAACGACCACUCACCUACUGAUUCACGCAUCAACAUUGCUUCUCGUAAGGCUCGGAAGGCGUACGGGAUCAAGGUCGAAAUUCCGUUCUCUAGCUUCGAGCACGAGGAUGCAGAUAAGUACUGGGACUUUUAUCACGGUACCUUCUUCAUCACGGCGAUGCGUUGGUUCGUCAGAAAGGGCGAUGACAUCGAUCAGGACGAACCAUUGAUAUCACACUACGUUACCAAACGUCGAGUCGUUGAUGGGCCCCCGAUCGUUCAUAGCACACGCCUUUACUCAUUCAACUCGAUCACCGACGCUUCUCCACCCGACUUCCCAGAGACCUCUAUGAAGCAACUUGUCAGUCUUGUUGCGGAUCUAUCCACCAUUCCCGUCUCUGAGAUUCCUCAGAAGUUGGGCAGCGAUGGCAACAUGUGGUACGUCUUGGAGUUCGAUAUUCGGACCAAGUUCUUCUCUGCCCACACUGAAUAUUCACUGUGGCAUGAUGGUGAGCAGUACGGUAAGGUCGAUGCAGAACGGAGGAAGGAUCCUGCUCAUCAUGCAUUGUCGAAGAUCCUUGUCCUGGGAGCGACAGGCACGCAAGGUCUUGCUGUGGUGCGCGCCAUCAUCAGCGAGUCCUUCACAAGCUCUGUCCAUGCUCUGACUCGCGAUACCAAGUCAGACAAAGCACAAGCUCUCGCGGCUCUCGCAUCCCAGGUCCAACUAUUCGAAGGGACUUUCGACGACAUCAGCGCCCUCGAGACUGCCGUUAAAGGGUGUUCGGCUGUCUUCAUAAACACUUCUCCGUCUCUCGCCGACCCAGCGGCCGAGACGCGGCAUGUCCGGACCAUUCUUUCAGUUUUUGCCGCCAGCAAAUCAAUCAAGCGAGUCAUCUACUCCUCCACAGCCGGUACAACGGACCCUAAUGCACCUGGAGCCUUUGGCAGCCACCCAGAUAUGACGCCCGGAAACCUGCCAUACCACGUUACCCUCGAUAAGUACACCAAUGAACAAGCAGUCAUGAGGGCAGCCAAGGAGAACGCAUGGCAAAGCACGAUCCUUCGACCUGCUGUCUUCCUCACGAAUCUUCUGGAGCCGAUGAGUAGCUUCAAGUUCCCAGAGUUGAAGAAGCAGAAGAAGAUUCGAGGCAUGCUCCCUCCCGAAACCGAGUUCGAUUGGAUUGAUCCUAGGGACAUUGGUGAAGUCGCCGCAAAAGUCCUCCUUGGAAGAAGUCCUGACUCCUCAGAUGUUCAAUUCGUCGAGCUUGCAGGUGAGCGUGCAACAUUACAGACUGUCGUUAGUGCGAUGGAGAAAGCGGCGGGUGUGAAGAUUGAGAUUGAGCAAGUGGACAGAGAGCAGGCGAAGAUGUCGGAAGAUCCGGUGACGAAGGCUAUGGCGGGCAUUUGGCUUGUUGAUCACCAUGCAAGGGUCGGGGAUUGGAUCGGCGCGAGGAGGUUCGGCUUCGUACCUGGAAGCGUUGCGGACUUCUUCGAAGGCUCGAAGGAGGCAGUCAGAAAGGCAAUUGGUGCGUGA